AUGGCUGCCGAGAAAUCGUACAUCAUCGUCGGCGCCGGCAUCUUUGGCGUUUCCACCGCCUACCAUCUCAUUCAGAAGCACCCCGACGCGUCGGUGACUCUGGUCGACCGCGACGCCUUUGACGCAGACACUCGGGUCGCCGCCUCCUGGGACUGGAACAAGGUCAUGCGGGCCGACUACGACGACCCCGUCUACUGCGAGCUGGCGCUGGAGGCCCUCGACGUCUUCACGUCCGAUCCGCUGUGGAAGCCGCACUUUCACCAGACCGGAAUAUACUGGAUGUGCGGGCGCGACUACGCCCAGCAGUGCCUCGACAACUUCCGCAGGCUGGGGCGCGAGGGCGACGUGGCGGUCCGGUCGGUGGAAGAGGCGCGCAACAUGUUUGGCGGGCUGUUCGGCGCGUCCGACUACACGCACGUGGAGCAGGUUCUCGUCAACAUGCGCAGCGGGUGGGUGGCCGCGGGCGACUGUCUCCGGGCGGUUACGCGGCGAGCGUUGCAGCUGGGCGUCAAGUACGUCGCCCAGGAGGUGUCGGCGCUGCUGCUUGAUCGUUCCGGCCGGUGCGCCGGCGUGACUUUGGCCGAGGGGGGGGAUCUACAGGCCGGGCAUGUUGUGCUGUGCACGGGAGCGUACACGCCGAAGCUGCUCGAGCUGAGCGCGGCCAGGAGCGGCAUGGACGGCCUGCGCGCCGGGCCGCGCAUCCUGGCUGGCGGCAUCACGACGGGCAUGACGAGGCUGAGCGACGACGUGUACGAGCGGUUUGCGGACAUGCCGGUCGGGGUUCAGGGGUACACUGCCACGAAAGCCCCCUUUGUAGGCAGCCUGCCGCCCACCAAGGACCGCGAACUCAAGUGGUGGGGCCAGAAGAUCUUCAGAAACACCAGCGAGGUUCUUCCCGGCCGCUUCAUCUCCACGCCCCCCGCCGAGAGGGACUAUGCGCAGUGGACGACGUCCGAGCAGCUGAAGCAGGACAUAGCCAACGUCAGCAGCGUGUUUUACGGCCGCGAGGCCGCGAGAUGGAAGCUGGAGAAGCACAGGGUGUGCUGGGACGCAUUCACCACCAGUUCCGACUUCAUCAUCUCGCGCCACGCCGCCGCCGAGGGCCUCUACGUCGCCACCUGCGGCUCGUUCCACGGGUACAAGUUCUUCCCCGUCAUUGGCAGGUACGUCGUGCAGAUGCUGGAAGGCGCGCUGACGCCUCGGCUGGCCGCGAAAUGGGCGUGGGAUCGCGAGCGACCGGACCCUUCUGCCAACCCGGACUGGCCGCGUAUAGAGAUGCGGGAUUUGCUGGAUCCGGUGAGGGAUUCGCGAUUAUAG